AUGCGAGCCGGCGCAAAGCCCACAAGAACAACCCAACCAGUCUCCGAUAAUGGGCCCCGGCAGACCCCACAACGGGCCGCGCAAGCCUCACCUGCUGAGGAUCGUACCUCCUCCAUCCAGUUCUUGGACAAUUGGAAAGAAGAGAUGAUGCGAGAAAUGUUAGAGAAGUUUUCGGAUGGAAGGUCCACUCACACCACUGAGCACAUGGAUUUGGUAUCAAGAACCACGGAGAGGUCACCCUUUGCAGAGUGGAUUCAGAACGAGCCCAAACUGCGGGACUUCGUAAUCCCUCCUUUACCCGCAUUUAAUGGAAAGGGAGACCCACUCAACCACCUGUUCCAAUUUCAAAAGAUAAUGGCCCUAGAAGCCAACAAUGAAGCCAUACAGUGCAAAGUUUUCUCCAUGACUUUCUCUGGGACAGCCCUGUUGUGGUUCAGGCAGUUGAAACCUGGUUCUGUCAAAAAUUUUGGUGAUCUCCGUAGAGCCUUUCUCCAACAGUAUAAUGCUAACCGCGAGGCGCCAAGAACAAUGGCAGAUCUCUAUCGAAUCGAGCAAGGGGAAAAUGAACAUCCAAAAUCAUACCUGCAACAUUUCAUUGACCUCUUACACCAGAUCUACGAUGUCGACCUAGUCACCGCGACUAAUCUCUUCGUCAAAAGCUUACAGGUGGGAUCUCUCUUACACGAAAACCUCACCAUGACACCACCUUAUGACAUGGAUGAGAUUCAGAUCCGUGCUGAGGGUGUCUUCAGAGUCUUGGAAUUUCGAGAGCGUGCACAGAAGAAAUCCGCACUUAUCUCCGCUCCACCAGCAAAUAACCCUCCUCCCCCCACCUGCAAGGGAUGA